AUGUUGGAAAUAAGUCGUAUUUAUCUUACUGCUGGUUUAUUAUUAGCUAUUUUAACAUUAAUUUUUCAUAUGAUUGCUAUGGGACAUCCACGAUGGAAAAUCUAUGAACAUCGCCGAACUCCUAGUGAAACAAUGUUUAUUGGUUUAUUUCAUCGUUGUGAAAAUCAUCUUAUAAAUGUUGUCAAUGAUACUAAUAAAAUCUAUUCGAUUUGUGAUGCUAAUAAAUAUUUACCGGAAAAUAAAAAUUUAACUAAUAUAAUAAAAAAACUUCAUCCAAAUGAAAUUCAACGUUUAUGUAAUGUUGCUGGAAAUCCUUAUCGAUGUAAUUAUUCACCCACAAGUAAAAGUCUUAUAUCAAGUACAAUUAUAUCAGCUUGUACCCUUAGUUUAUCUAUUAUUUUAAUCUAUUUACAUUUACUUAUUAAUCAAUUUAAAUAUAAAACACAUUUUGGUAUAGCUAUAAUAACAAUAUCAUUUUUAUUUCUUGCUUUUAUAUUCAUUCUUAUCACACUUAUUUUACUUGGUUCAACAAUGUCAUAUGAAUUAUUUCAAUAUCGUUAUAAUUUAAAUUAUCGUCUCACUACACUGAAAAAUCAAAAUUUAACAAAUAGUCUUGAACAAAAUAUUCGACAAACAGCAGCUAGUGAUUAUGAUAUUCGUCUUGAUUGGUCAGCUGGUUUAGAAAUUAUAUCAUUGAUAUUAUCAAGUUUUACAUUAGUUACACAAAUUCUUUAUCUAUUUUCUACAUAUAGAAAUCGAAUUGGAUAA